CUCACUCUCUUUCUCGACUAUAUAAACUCUCUAUCGUCUUCACAUUUUCCACACAACUUAAAAAACAUGUCUUCUUCGUUUCUCUCCUCCACUGCUUUCUUCUUCAUCGUUUUACUCUAUCUAAGUUCCUUCCACGUCUCCAAUGGAGCUCAACAAGCUACUUACAUCGUUCACAUGGCUAAAUCUCAGAUGCCCUCGAGCUUCGACCACCACUCUCUCUGGUACGAUUCCUCACUCCGCUCAGUCUCAGAAUCUGCUGAAAUGCUCUACACUUACAACAACGCAAUUCAUGGAUUCGCCACUCGGCUUACUCCUGAAGAAGCCGACUCGCUGAUGACCCAACCCGGUGUCAUCUCGGUUCAACCAGAGCAGCGGUACGAGUUACACACCACUCGUACUCCACUGUUCCUCGGGCUCGACGUACACAACGCAGGCCUAUUCCCUGAAACCGGCGCAGCCAGUGACGUCGUCAUCGGAGUUCUCGACUCAGGUGUUUGGCCAGAGAGCAAAAGCUUCUCCGACGAAGGGUACGGUCCUGUUCCGUCUACAUGGAAAGGCGAAUGCGAGGCUGGGACUAAUUUCACAGCUUCCCUCUGUAACCGCAAACUAAUUGGAGCUAGGUUCUUCGUUCGGGGUUACGAAGCAAUUAAUGGGCCAGUGGACGAAUCCAAAGAGUCAAAAUCGCCUAGAGAUGACAAAGGUCACGGAACACACACGGCGUCAACUGCAGCGGGAUCAGUCGUGGAAGGAGCUAAUCUUUUAGGCUUCGCUAAUGGAACAGCCCAUGGGAUUGCUUAUCGCGCUCGAGUGGCUGCUUACAAAGUUUGUUGGAAAACUGGUUGCUUCAGCUCAGAUAUUUUAGCUGGAAUGGAUAAAGCCAUUGAAGAAAAUGUCAACGUUCUGUCUAUAUCUCUCAGCGGUCCAAGGACAGGCUAUACAGAUGCUACUGCCAUUGGAGCAUUCGCGGCCAUGGAAAGCGGGAUCUUUGUUUCCUGCUCUGCUGGUAAUAAUGGCCCCUUCUCGUUCAGUGUAGCGAACGUAGCUCCGUGGAUUACUACGGUUGGUGCUGGUACAUUAGAUCGUGAUUUCCCCGCGCUCGUGAUUCUCGGCAACGGGAACAAAUAUACUGGAGUUUCCUUGUUUAAAGGAGACGCCCUUCCCUCUAAAUUGUUGCCGUUUGUUUACGCUGGGAAUGCUAGUAACAAUGCUACUUAUGGAAAUUUUUGUUUCCCCGGAACACUAAUUCCCGAGAAGGUAAAGGGGAAGAUCGUUAUGUGCGAGAAAGGAGGGAAUAGGGUUGAGAAAGGGGAGGUAGUGAAAGCUGCGGGUGGACUCGGAAUGAUUCUUGCAAAUACGGCCUACGAGGGAGAAGAGCUUACGGCAAAUGCUUUUCUGUUACCAGCGACUACCGUGGGAAAGAAAGCCAGUGACAUUAUCCGCCACUACGCCUUGACCGAUCCGAAUCCCACUGCUUCCAUUGUGUUCCAAGGAACGGUCGUCAACGUCAAGCCCUCUCCUGUGCUUGCAGCAUUUAGCUCGCGAGGACCUAAUCCCAUAACGCCAAACAUUCUCAAACCGGACUUGAUCGCUCCUGGAGUUAAUAUCCUCGCCGCGUGGACCGGAUCUGUGGGACCUUCCGGACUAGCUUCGGAUACUCGCCGCGUGGAAUUCAACAUCAUCUCAGGAACGUCCAUGUCUUGCCCUCACGUGAGCGGUUUAGCUGCUCUUCUCAAGUCUGUGCAUCCCGAAUGGAGCCCCGCGGCCAUUCGAUCUGCUCUCAUGACCACUGCUUACAGUACCUACAAAGACGGACAACCGAUCAUUGACAUCGCGACGGUUAAACCUUCAACGCCGUUCGGGCACGGUGCAGGACAUGUGUCACCUACAACUGCCGUCAAUCCAGGACUCAUCUACGAUCUAACGACGGUGGAUUAUUUAGGUUUCCUCUGCGCAUUGAAAUACAAUUCGUCGCUGAUCAGAAUCAUAUCGAGAGGCAAUUACGCUUGCGACCCAAGCAAAACGUACUCCGUCGCUGAUCUAAACUAUCCGUCGUUUGCCGUUAACGUCGACGGCUCCGACACGUACAAGUACACACGCACGGUCACAAACGUUGGAGGAGCUGGGUCAUACUCGGUUAAAGUAACGUCGGAGACAACAGCACUCAAGAUUUCGGUUGAACCGGCGGUUUUGAAUUUUAAAGAAGUAAACGAGAAGAAAUCUUAUGAGGUAACGUUUACAGUUGACUCGUCUAAGCCGUCUGGGUCUAACAGCUUUGGGACCAUUGAGUGGUCAGAUGGGAAACAUGUGGUGGCCAGUCCCGUGGCGAUUAGCUGGUCAUAGGUGGUCAAUUAUGACUAGCAGAUAUAUAUUGUAACGUUACUUUCAUAAGAAUUCUGUUUCGGUUAAACGGCAUGCAGUCUGCUUUGUUGGUAAUUUAUCAUGAGACUUGAAUAUUUAAUGAAAACUAUAAAAAAGGGUUAAGACUAUUU